AUGGCUAGUCCUCCUGUGCUAGCUUUCGAUGCUGAGGGCCGCCCAGUGAAAUUUGACACCUGGCUAGAUGACCUGCACCUCUUCCUACAGCUCACUGCCAAGGAGGACAUCUCACUGUACGAUCAUGCCCUCAGCCAUGCUACUGCCUCUGCUACUACUGCUGACAGCACUGCCCGCUCACAGUGGCAGACUCGUGACGCCCACGCUCGCUUUGCUAUUCGCAACUCCCUGCCGAUCGAUGAGCGCGAGCACUUUGGCCAGCACAAGACUGCUAAGGAACUGUACACUGCUGUCGUUGCCCGCUACUCCUCACCUGCUUCUGCCGCACUAGGCCGCCUCUCACUCCCCUACCUGUUCCCCGACCUGGCCUCUUUUCACACAGUUGCUGACCUCAUCACGCACCUCAAAACUAUCAGGGAUCACUUCCUAGCUCGCUGCCCCACUGAGCUCACCAUUGCCCUCCUCGAGAAGGAACUACUUGCAGCUGAGGCUAGCAUAGUCGCUCCUCUGCUUCUGCUGUCGACCUCCUUGGUGCUGAGAAGGUCGGGACUGCGUCUGCUUCGAGCGGGCGCCGCAGGGGCAAAGGGGGCAAGGGAGGCGGAGGUGACUACGGGGGAGGCGGUGGUGGAGGCGGUGGCGGCGGUGGGAGUGGUGGUGGGGCUGGAGCGACUGGUGGCAGCGGUGAGGGUGGUGGCGGUAGCGGAGGGGGCGGUGGCAGGGGCGGGGGCGGUGGUGGAGGCGGCGGUGGUCGCGGAGGCGGCAGGGGAGGGGGUGGUCGAGGAGGUGGCGGCGGCGGUGGUGGUCGUGGAGGCGCUGGCAGUGGCCAGAGCCAGCAGCACACUCCGUCACCCCAGGAGGCCCACGUGUGGGAGGGCGCAUACCACGCAGCGCUGUUUCUCGCGCCUUGACGACGCUUGGCGCACUCAGUUCCCUGAUGCCACUGAGCUGCCCCGCUGGUUUGAUCUGAUGAAGAAGGGAGUUGAUAUCUAUGCUCUAGACUUUGAUGCUAUUCUCACUGCCAUUGAGACUACCACUCCAGGUACUCGCGUGUCUACUACCCCAGGUGCUGGUGCGGCUGCUGCUCUAGGUGCUCGUGAGUCUGUGCCCCCUGGUACUGAGUCGACUGCGGCACUGCACACCUUCACACUGGACUCAGGUGCUUCUCGCUGUUUCUUUCGUGACCGCACUAUCCUUGAGCCACUCGCUCAGCCAGUUGCUGUCUCCCUCGCUGACCCCUCUGGGGGUCCGGUCAUUGCGACCUCCUCCACUGUCCUUCCUUGUCCUGCGGUCCCGUCGGGCACACUGUCAGGUCUCCACCUCCCCUCGUUCUCUACGAACUUGGUGGCGGGUUGUGCGCUCCAGGACGGGGGUGUUCACCAGUUCACCCCUGCCUACGAGCACGUGACACACUGCACGUGUGCUCGGACGAGCUGUCACCUGGCUACCUUCACUCGGCAGCCGGGGUCGGACCUGUACACACUGACCACUGAGUCCCCUCAGGUAGCUGCGUCUGCGUCUGCGUCAGGUCAGCUGUCGGCCCCCUGCUCGUGUCGCUCUCUGGCGCACGAGACCGUCCUCUGGCACCACCGACUUGGUCACCCGUCUGUGCAGCGCCUUCGUGCCAUGCACAAACGGUACCUUGUCUCUGGUCUUCCCAGGGUUCUCCCUCCCCUCCCACCCUCGCCUGCUCCUCCCUGUCUUCCCUGUGUCGAGGGGCGGCAGCACGCCGCUCCUCACUCCUCCUUUCCCCCGACGACUGCUCCCUUGCAGACGCUCCACAUGGACGUGUGGGGCCCAGCCCGCGUCCGUGGACAGGGUCAGGAGAGGUACUUCCUGAUAGUUGUUGACGACUAUUCGCGCUACACCACGGUCUUCCCCUUGCGCACCAAGGGUGAGGUCCCUGAUGUCUUGAUCCCUUGGAUCAGCAGAGCUCGUCUCCAGCUCAGCGAGCGUUUCCGCUCGGACUUUCCUGUCCUGCGUUUGCACUCUGACAGAGGUGGUGAGUUCUCCUCCGACCUCUUGGCAGCCUACUGUGCGGAGCACGGCAUUGCGCAGUCGUUCACGCUUCCGGCCUCUCCACAGCAGAAUGGGGUUGCUGAGCGCCGCAUUGGCUUGGUCAUGGAGGUCGCUCGUACCUCCUUGAUCCAUGCGGCUGCCCCCCACUUUCUGUGGCCGUUUGCAGUCCGAUACGCUGCGCAUCAGCUCAACCUCUGGCCCCGUGUCUCCUUGCCGGAGACUUCCCCGACACUGCGUUGGACGGGAGAGGUUGGAGAUGCGUCGCGUUUUCGGGUCUGGGGAUCCCGAGCUUUUGUUCGUAAUACGUCCGCGGACAAGCUCUCCUCUCGCGCAGUUCCUUGUGUCUUCCUUGGCUUUGUCCCGGACGCGUCUGGUUGGCAGUUUUACCACGCCACCUCGCGCCGUGUCCUGUCCUCUCAGGACGUCACUUUUGACGAGUCCGUCCCCUACUACCGCCUCUUCCCCUACCGCACUACCCCGCUCCCCCCUCCGCCUCUCUUCCUCGCUCCAGGUGCUGCUGUGCUAGACCCCCUCCCCCCUCAGGGUGCCGCUCCCUCAGGUGUGUCCCAGGUAGACCCGGUUGAGCCUGUCGAGGUAGCUGUCGACUCUCGUCCUACUGGGUCUGGGGGUGCUGAGCCUGGGGGUGCUGAGCCUGGGGGUGCGGAGUCUGGGGGUCCUGAGUUUGGGGGUGCUGAGUCUGGGGGUGCUGAGUCUGGGGGUACUACACCUGGAGGAGCCCUCUCCUCGCAGCAGCUGCAGGAGAGGUACUUACAGUACUGCAGCCUUAGGAGCGGUGCUUCUGGAGCCAGGAGUGCUGCUGGAGCUGGUACUAGUGCUUCCCCUCCUAGACGGGAGCUGCCCUCCCUUCAGCGGAUCCGAGAGUGGUACACACGGCGCUGCAGUCUUCGGAGUGGCGCUCCUGGUGUCGCGGACUCCGGUGCUGCUGGUGCUACUGGAGGUACUGCGGACCCUGGAGUUGGAGCUACUGCUGGUGCUGCGGACCCUGGAGUUGGAGCUGUGGCUGGUGCUGAGGACCCGGGCGUUGGAGCUGCUGCUGGUGCUGCGGACCCUGGAGUUGGAGCUGUGGCUGGUGCUGAGGACCCGGGCGUUGGAGCUGCUCCUGGUGCUGCGGACCCUGGAGUUGGAGCUGUGGCUGGUGCUGAGGACCCGGACGUUGGAGCUGCUGCUGGUGCUGCGGACCCUGGCGUUGGAGCUGCUGCUGGUGCUGCGGACCCUGGAGUUGGAGCUGUGGCAAGUGCUGAGGACCCGGGCGUUGGAGCUGCUGCUGGUGCUGAGGACCCUGGCGCUGGUGUCUCUGCUGGAGGUCUUACGGAGCGUCGUGAGCCUGAGUCUCGUCCUGUGUCGCCUGCGUCUCGCUCUGCGUCGCCUGUUCGUGCUGCUCGCACUGGUCGUCGUGUCCCGCGUGAGCGUUCUUCUCCUAUCCCUGGCACUCACUACAUGACUCUGCGUCCCUCCACUGCUCCUCAGCGUGUCCCUCUGCUGUCUCCUCCUGCGUCCUCUCUUCCUACUCUUUCUGACCCGGAGUCUGACUCCAUUCGUGCUGCCCGUCCUACUGUCACGCGUCUCCUCGCCACUGUUGUCACUGACCCUACCUUUGAGUUCUCUGCUGCGUCUGCUCUGAUCGCUGAGUUGGUUGACUUUGCUGCUGCCUGUCGUCUAGACUACGCCGCUAGCCUUGUUGCUGAGUCUGAGUCUGUCUGUCCUCUGUCCGUCGGGGGUGAGUGUGCUCUUGGCACGGACGUCCUUGAGGACAGGCAGGAGGAGUUCCAGUGCUUUGCUGCUGCUUUGCCCCAUCUUGUGUCCAUGCUAGUUGCCCCUGAGGGAGACCCGGAUGCACCAGACAUCCCGACUCCGCGCUCUUACGCAGAGGCGAUGGAGGGUCCCUACUCCUCUCAGUGGCAGACAGCCAUGGACGCAGAGAUGGCUUCGUGGAAGUCCACAGGCACCUACGUCGAUGAGGUUCCCCCACCUGGGGCGAACAUCGUCAGUGGCAUGUGGAUUUUCAGAGUGAAGCGGCCACCGGGUUCUCCUCCUGUCUUCAAGGCGCGUUACGUUGCUCGAGGCUUCAGUCAGCGAGAGGGAGUUGACUUCUUCCAGACCUUCUCCUCCACCCCGAAGAUGACCACUCUUCGGGUUCUGCUGCACAUAGCCGCUCAGCGCGACUACGAGCUUCACUCACUUGACUUCAACACAGCUUUCUUGCAGGGCAGCCUGCACGAGGAGAUCUGGUUGCGCCGCCCUCCUGGCUUCACUGGGUCGUUUCCUCCUGGUACCCAGUGGAGCCUCUGGCGGCCAGUCUACGGUCUCCGCCAGGCGCCACGUGAGUGGCACGACACACUGAGGACGACACUUGCGGCUCUUGGGUUCACUCCUUCUACUGCUGACCCGUCGCUGUUUCUACGCACCGACACCUCGCUGCCGCCGUUCUACAUCCUCGUGUACGUCGACGACUUGGUCUUUGCCACUGCUGACACUACGGCACUCGCCCACGUGAAGUUGGAGCUGCAGAAGAGACACACGUGCACAGACCUGGGCAUGGGGCUAGUGCUUGGAGGGCGAGACCGAGUUGUACUCACUGGACACUCAGACACUUCUUGGGCGGACGACCAGGCUACUCAGCGGUCGUCUCAAGGUUACACCUUCAGUCUUGGCUCUGGUUCAGUUUCUUGGCGUUCUACACGCUCUUCUUCUGUCCUCAGCUCCAGUUGUGAGGCUGAGAUCUACGCCACAGCCAUGGCAGCCCAGGAGCUACGCUGGCUCACCUACCUGCUGACCGACUUGGGAGAGCGGCCUCGUUCUCCUCCAGUGCUGUACGUCGACAACAAGGCUGCCAUUGCCUUGUGUGAGGAGCACAGACUGGAGCACAGAACGAAGCACAUCGCUCUACGCUACUUCCUUGCUCGAGAGUUAUAG